AUGCAGAACAACGUCAGUCAACAAGAAAGUAACCCCGAAAUAAUUCUGACGAGUUUCGUGCUUCACCAGUUAGUUGUAAGUAUUUAUUAUUAUGACAUCUCCGAAUUAUCCAGGAAAUGUAUGCCAACAAUUUAUCAAAGCAUUAAAUCCGUUAAUGGAACACCAACCGCCGUAAUAUUCUUUGAAAUUUCACAAUUUACCAGGAACGACUUUUAA